UCCCACAGCUCGUCCGUCGCGCAAAAUUCCCGUCAACCUCAAGAAACCACCCCCAAAGCAAAGGGGAAGAAUUCCUCGCAUUCUCCCAGCGAAUAACUAAAACCCUAAUCUCCCACAUCGUCUUUGUUUUCUAUUCAGAUUAGGGUUUCUCAGGCUUCUUUUUUUUUGUAUCAAAGUUUAUAAACUGUGCUUAUAUUCCGGCACCGUGCGGAUUCGGGCUCGAGAUAAAUUUCACACAUUUUCUUCCAAAUUACAUUCCGGCACCGUGCGGAGCUCGGUGUGGGUGGUGGAGGACUUUAUUGAUCGGAAUGGAUGCUGCCGGCAGCCAGGGCGGGUCCAUUCCCGGUCCUUCCUCGCAGCAUCCGCAGAGGAUGGAAUGGCAUGCCGUGUCUGAGAACUCUUUCCAUAACAAUGGAGGCGAAGAGCUGGAACACACUAACUUUGGGCAGUCCGACGAGAGAACGAUAUAUGAGGUACAGGAAGUAACCGGACAACUUGACGUGGAUGUCCGUUCGAUUACUAUCGAUGGUGGGGGGAUGACUGACGAGACAUUGCAGUGUCGGCUUCAGGAGGUUUCUAGGCAGAGGGGGAAGCUGGAACAUUUAGAAAUGGAGCUAAGGGCUCGGGCAAUUGCCAGGACUAAGAUUAUGGAAAUGCAGAGAAGGUAUCAGUCACAGAUCAGGGAGCAUGCUGAUGCAACUACACAGCUAAAGGACCGACUAAAACAAAGAGAGGAACAAAUAUCUGAAUUAAAGGUGACAUUGGAAGAGAAAGACAGGGAAUUACGUUCAGUAAAGUUAGAUAAUGAUGCGGUUUGGGCUAAAGCGGACCUCCUUAGGGAACAAAAUAAAGAGCUAGCCACCUUUAGGAGAGAACUUGAUAAUUCAGAAGCAGAAAGAUGUCAUCAUCUCGAACAAAUUCAUGACCUCCAAGAGCAUCUUCGAGAGAAGGAGAGUCAGUUUCUUGCAUUGGAAGAGCAGCAUAGGGUUGCUCAGGAAACACUCCUUUACAAGGAUGAGCAGUUAAGGGAAGCACAAGCAUGGGUUGCACGUGCUCAGGUCGAUGCUUUGCAGUCAGCCACAAAUCAGUCUUUACAGGCUGAACUGCGGGAGCGGACUGAGCAGUUCAAUCAAUAUUGGCUUGCUUUGCAACGACAGUUUGUGGAAAUGGAGCGUCACCACAUUCGAACAAUACAACAACUUCAUUUGGAGCUAGCAGAGGCAAGGGGGGGUAGUGAAAUAUACAAGGAUGGCUCCCGAAUCACACAUGAAAAUUCAACCGACUCUUCAUCACAUUUGCAAAAGGGGAACCAAAUGAAUGCUACUAAUAAUGGCAUCUCAAACAAGACUUUGACAGAUCCAUCAAAUGGAAACUUUUCGACAUCCAACUCUUCAAUCAUUACAGAACAUGUCUCUGGUGUUCCUGUAUUUCCACCUCUGCUUGGUAUGGGUACCUUCCUCCCGGCUGGUCAGAUGUCGGCUUUUCGCCCUUUUGUUAUGCACCCUCAAGGUGUUCCACCUUCUCCAUCAUCUACAAAUUCCAUAAUCUCUCAACCCUAUUUAGGCAAUGUUUUGCCAGUAUCUCCAGUGCCAACCCCACAGUACUGGUUGAACCAACAGGUAAUGCUCAAUCAGAAUAAAUGCAAUACAUCUCUGUUAGAGCCAAAUCAAGUUGGAUCAGGUUCUCAUUUUAGCUGCGAACUUUCUGCUGAUGCAAAGGAACUUCAGGCAUAUCAUUUUAACUCACAAAAUAACCAACAGCAGAGUUCCUUUUCUGCAAACAAUGGACCAAAUGAAGAAAUUCGGGUUACUGAAAUUACUUGUAAUCAGUAUCAACUGCCCCAAGAAACCCAGGAGAUGUCAACUGCUCACUCUCAUCUUAAUACUGCAUUUGGAUGUGAGAGAACUGGUCAGAGGAGCGAGCCCAAGGAUCAUUCCAUCGCAUCUUAUAAUGAAUCACAAGAGCUAACUAUGACAUCAAGUCAACAAUGUUUAGCUACCGUUAUAGAUGCAAGUGCUGCACCAAGCAAUGUUGUUGGUUCCAACAAUGCUGCAGAAUGCAAUAGAGCUGUGCUGGUAUCUUCUGAAAUUAAGAUUCCAACCACACAAGAAUCAAGCUUAGCGAUCACCAGUAAGUCAAUGGACCAUGCCCUUCUAGAUGAAAGGGCGCUUUUGGCUUGCAUUGUACGUGCAAUUCCAGCUGGAUCUGACGGUCAAAUUAGGAUUAGCAGUACUUUACCAAAUAGGCUUGCAAAGAUGCUUGCACCCCUUCACUGGCAUGAUUAUAAGAAACACUAUGGAAAACUUGAUGAUUUUGUUUCUCUUCAUCCUGAACUGUUUGUAAUUGAAGGAGACUUUAUUCAUCUACGGGAAGGAGCUCAACAAAUCAUAUCAGCGACUACAGCUGUCGCAAAAGUUGCCGCUGCUGCUGCAUCAUAUGUUCCUUAUUCUUCACUGUUCCCAUCAGUUGCUGUCACUCCAGUGUCUCAGAGCAAUCGUCAUAAAAAGUCAGCCAUGGAAUCCAAAUCUUUUGAUGCUGUUUCAUAUUUAGAUGAUGCUGAGAUCAGGAACACGCAAGUUUCAUAUGACAGACUACCAGUGAUUCAGAAAUCCCCCCAUCAACCACAAAAUGGCAUUAGCUUUAACAUCGUUCAAGACAUGUCAGAUGUAUCCUUAACAAACAAGGCAAAGAAUUCUCAUGAAAUGAGUGGUUUGGCAACCGAAAUAAAUCCUGCUCAGCCAAUUUCAAGCAGUGUUGUAGGCAAUGGUUUAAAUAGAGGACUGACAAAUGGCAGGCAUGCCUUUGGAGGAAAGCAGCAAGCAAGGUCAUCUGGAGCUGGGUUUAUUUCCAGGCGAUAGAAUGAUGUAUGGCUGCAUCUCCCUUUUGCAAAUGCUCUUGUGGAUAUUGUCAUUUUCUAUAUGAACAUGUUGAGGUUUGAUCAUCUAAAGCUGAUAAUUGGCAAUGCAUUUUUUUCUAAUAUACUCUUCAUUGUAUACAUUUUUGUUAUUUCCCUCUGAUUCAAAAUAUGCAGAAGAGCUAUCUAUU